AUGUUGGCCCUUAUCGACAUUGUUAAAUACUCGAGCGUCUGCUCGCGGCACGGCGUUACAUUUAACCACUCAAGUGAUACUACGGUUCUGAGCAAUGGAGAUAGAGUUGAAAAUCGUGCGUCAUCGCCGUGUCCCCGAAACAGCCUACCGCUGGCCACUGUCUCAUGGUGUGAAUACAUCCUCGGUCGCCUGGUACCUGUCGAACCCGUGACCGGCGGACUUUGCGUCGAUGCAGCGUCGGAGGUGGCCGCGCCGCACCGC